CGUUCGGACUCGUUUAUGCCAUCUACAGAUUUGCACAGCUCUGGAGAGCUUUUGAUCACGGUCUACACGCGGUCGGUACAUGUUUCAACUGACCUGCGCUCCUCGCAACCCAUUCUUUUUAAAACUAGGUUCAAUCGCUUUCAUCGGGGUCUAUCUGGAUAUCGCUUUAGUUUGCGAACGGAAUUGCCUGUGCGUUAAUGGAUUCACUGCUAAACAAUGGAGAAACAGAUAGCAACUGAAAUACGGGAAUAAACGGGUGGCGUUCGGAGAGGAAUACACAUUUUAACGAGAGAUGUGGGAUAAUUGUCUGAUUUAGAAGUCCGUGUGGCCGUUUUCAGCUCAACUUGGUGGAAACUACACAAGAAUGGUGUGUUAGGACUCGGAUUUCAGCGCAGGUCGGUGUGCAAAAGAAUGCACUUUGCUCUGUUUCUCUGCUUUUUUUACAUGAAACAAGAAAAGAAGAUGUGUUGAAACCGCAAAGGCUUUAAAACGCCUCCGUUUAGAAUUAAGUGGAAUCAAGGCGAAUGGAUCCGUUUCCAGUGUUUAAGGUGAACGAGUGACCCAAUGAGGUGGAAUACUACUUUAGCGGAGUGCUGGAAGAGAAGUCACCUUGCCCCAGUUCUCCGAGAGCACAGGGAGAGAGACAGACAUCUCUGAUUGUUUGUUGCCAGUAGGGAGACGGGAAGGUGUAAGCCUGCUGUCUGAGAGCGUUUGAAAUCAAGGCUGUGAGAAGGAACCAUAUGGCACAAAACACAAUAUAGGUCCCUGCUUGUGAUUUACCAUGGCCAAAGUGCUCUGCAGCCUCCUUAUCCUGGGAAGCACAGUGAUGAUCACCACCGCCUGCCCUAAAUAUUGUGUCUGUCAGAAUCUGUCAGAAUCCUUGGGCACACUGUGCCCAUCCAAAGGUCUGCUGUUCGUGCCCACUGACAUUGACAGAAGAACCGUGGAAUUACGCCUGGGGGGAAACUACAUUAUCAAAAUUACCCAGCAGGACUUCACCAACAUGACAGGCCUUGUGGACCUCACACUGUCACGAAACACCAUCAGCUUCAUCCAGCCCUUCUCCUUCGUGGAUCUUGAAACCCUGCGAUCGCUGCAUCUGGACAGUAACCGGUUGACAGAGUUGGGCCCAGAUGCCCUGCGAGGCUUAGUGAACUUGCAACACCUCAUCCUAAACAACAACCAACUGACUCGUAUCUCCAAAGAAGCUUUCGAUGACAUGCUGCUCACCUUGGAGGACCUAGACCUCUCCUACAACAACCUGCGAGGCAUACCCUGGGAGGCCAUUCGCAAAAUGCUCAACCUACACCAGCUGAGUCUGGACCACAACCUCAUCAGCCACAUCACUGAAGGCACUUUUACUGAUCUUGAAAAGCUGGCGAGGCUGGAUCUUACAUCAAACCGUCUCCAGAAGCUUCCGCCAGAUCCUAUCUUUGCUCGGUCACAGAGCAGCAGCGUUUUUAGUACACCAUUUGCCCCGGUCUUGUCUCUCAGCUUUGGUGGGAAUCCUCUUCACUGUAACUGUGAGAUUCUUUGGUUGCGCCGUUUAGAACGGGAGGACGAUAUGGAAACAUGUGCCUCCCCUCCUAGUCUGAAGGGUCGCUACUUCUGGUAUGUGCGAGAGGAAGAGUUUGUCUGUGAACCACCGUUAAUUAUCCAACAUACACAUAAGCUUUUGGUCCUGGAGGGACAGACGGCCAGUUUACGCUGCAAGGCUGUGGGUGACCCUAUGCCUCUCAUACACUGGGUUGCUCCAGAUGACCGACUAAUUAGUAACUCAUCCAGGGCUACAGUGUAUGAAAAUGGUACUUUAGACAUUAUGGUCACCACCUCUAAGGAUUAUGGGACAUUUACUUGCAUUGCUGCAAAUGCAGCUGGAGAAUCAACAGCCUCAAUUGAGCUCUCCAUCAUCCAGCUCCCCCACCUAAGCAAUGGAACUAACCGCACAUCUCAGCCCAAGUCCAGGCUAUCUGACAUCACCAGCUCCACUAAAACCAGUAAAGGGGAGACAAAAGCCCAACCAGAACAGGUAGUGUCAGUGUCAGAGGUCACCGCAGUCUCUGCUCUGAUCAAGUGGACAGUAAGCAAAGUGUCACCUAAAAUCAAAAUGUACCAGCUCCAAUACAACUGUUCAGAGGAUGAUGUCCUGAUUUAUAGGAUGAUUCCGGCGAUCAGCAAAUCCUUCUUGGUCAACAACCUGAUGCCAGGGAUGCAGUAUGACCUAUGCGUGUUGGCCAUCUGGGAAGACACUGCCACCACACUCACUGCAACGAACAUAGUGGGUUGUGUGCAGUUCGAGACACGUGGCGACUACCCCCGCUGCCAGUCGCUGCAAAGUCAGUUUUUAGGAGGAACCAUGAUCUUGGUGAUUGGGGGAGUGAUCGUAGCCACUUUGUUGGUCUUUAUCGUCAUCCUCAUGGUACGCUAUAAAGUGAACAGUGGCUUGCAGGUUGCAAAGUUCGUGACGGUGAGCAACACCUACUCCCAGACCAACGGAAGACCACAGGCCGCGCAGCGACUUAACAACGGCGCUCCUACACCGCAGACUCCAAAGACUGUAGUGGUGAUGCGAGAUGAAGUGGUGGAGUUUAAGUGUGGCUCCUUGCAGAGUAGCAUCUCGUCCUCUUCAUCCUCCUCAGCUGACUCCCUUGGAAGUGAGAAAGUUGAAUCUUACAACCGACAAGUGGAUUCUAACACCUUGCCCAACAGGUGGAAGCAGUCGUCAACUAAGGCACGACCAAACCUGGAUAACCUACUUGGGGCAUUUGCCUCUCUGGACCUGAGGGUUCCCGCAAGAGAUCCGGGAGGACCAUCUUCCUCAGGGACCAUGGUGAUGGCCAUGAGACCGGCCACUGACAAGGAGCCUCUGCUAAGCCGGGGAGAUUCCAAGCUUGGGAAGCUUGUAAUGCUGCCAUCAGAGGACAAACCCAAGCGCAGCCACUCGUUCGACAUGGGUGACUUUGGUGCUUCACAGUGCCUUAACUACCCACGACGCAUCAGCAACAUUUGGACUAAGAGGAGUCUCUCAGUCAACGGCAAGCUCCUGCAGUGCGAUGAGAGCGAGGGGGAAGGUGAUAAGGCAACAUUUGAUAGCUCUGAGUGGGUUAUGGAGAGUACAGUCUGAUAGGGAUAUCAGAUUAGCUCUACCAAAAAAAAAAAA